ACACACACUAUGUAUGGAUCGUUCCCGCAACACUCAGCCGGCGCCCUAACUGUUUGGCAACUAUCUCAGUCGACCGGACGGCGGACGAAGAAGAAGACGCAAAACAGAAAAGAUGUUUGCAACCGUGUCUCAUGAGAUGGAAGUGAAGGUUCCAGCAAGUAAAGCGUGGCGUCUGUAUAGCAGCCUCAAGCUCGCCAACGUCGUCCUGCAGAAACUCAGCCAUCUCAUCAACAAAAUCGACAUCCUAGAAGGCGACGGCGGCGUCGGCACUGUUCUCCGCCUCCAAUUUCCACCAGGGACGCCGGGGUUUACGUAUUACAAGGAGAAGUUUACGAAGAUCGACGAUGAGAAGCGAGCGAAGGAAGCGGAGGUGAUCGAAGGAGGGUAUCUGGAUUUAGGGUUUACGUUGUAUCGAGUUCGAUUUGAAGUGAUUGAGAAGAGCGAAGAUUGCUGCAUCACGAAAGCCACCAUCGAGUAUGAUUUGAAGGAAGAAGCUGCGGCGAACGCUUCCAUCGUCAGCAUCCAGCCGCUGGUGCUGAUUAUGGAAACCGCCGCCGAUUAUCUUACCGUCAACGACGAAGAUUAAUGACGGCGAUGCCUUCAUAAUACUCGUCUAUUAUU